AUGGCCUACGCAGAUAGCCUUACUCUACCACAUGGCUUACCAUCUACUUCCCCGGCCAUUAAUAAGGGAGCUGAUCUUAUGGUUCUGAAAGUCGCAUCUGUUCUUUCGACCUCUUAUUCAGACAAUGACUUUCGCGAUGCAAUUUUUCUUGCCGAUGAGCGGCUCUCAAGAGGCAAUGCUAAAACGAGGCGCCUUCUCCGAUUAGAUCUUCUACGAGAAGCAAUUGAUUGCAAUGGCGAAAUAAUCGAGGAGAUGGGUAGUGUUGUAGAGCGCUUGAAACUCCUCCGGAGCGUGGUCGAAAAAGCGAAUUCUCGCAUCAAAGCUAUUAGGCGACAAAUCGAUUUAGCGCAUGCUCAGACUUCACCUGCUCUGCGAGAUAUGUCAUCUCUCUUUGCACAACACAAGGAAAUAGAGAGGAAACAAGAAACUCUCAGCGCCGUUGAGGGCUAUUUUGUACUGACAGAAGACGAAAUUGAUUUGCUGACAUCAACGUUGAAACCCGUUGACGAUGCAUUCUUCACCUGUCUUCAGAAAGCGAAAAAGAUCACCCUUGGUUGCGACAUACUCUUAGGCUUUGAAAACCAAACUCUGGGCUUGGAGUUGAUCGAUCGGACAUCCGGGCAUGUCAGUUUAGCUUUUCAAAAACUUUACAAAUGGGUUCAGCAAGAGCUUAGAACGUUGAAUUUAGAAAACCCCCAUGUCAAUCCAUCCAUGCGGCAAGCGUUAAGAGUCCUUGCUGAACGACCUUCUCUAUUUCAGAAUUGCCUUGACUUUUUUGCGGCAUCUAGAGAACGAAUCUUAUCUGAGGCUUUUCACUGUGCUCUCACUGGCAUUACGCCACAAGGCACAGAAGAUACUUCCACCAGACCAAUUGAUUUAACGGCACAUGAUCCGCUUCGCUAUGUUGGUGAUAUGUUUGCUUGGGUCCAUUCUGCAACAGUGGGUGAGCGAGAAGCUCUCGAAACUUUGUUCACGCUCAAAAAGGAUGAUGGGCUAAACCAACCCAUGCCGAGCUUCAACGAAGAGCCUUGGCACUUUCCCUCAGAUGAGGUCUCUGUCGAUACUGAUUCUAAGGUUCUUGAAGCUCUUGACCAACUAAUGGAUCGCAAUUUCUCACCGGUCGUUCGAAUACUGCGCCAGCGAGUUGAGCAAGCAGUCCAGUCAAACGAAGAUGUAAUUCCCGCCUAUAAGAUUUCUUCGCUGCUCAGUUUCUACCGAGCCACAUUUGAGAAGCUUCUAGGUGCGGGUUCCGGUCUGGAAGAAUGUGCGGGAGCUUUAGAGAAAGUAGCCAAGCGACAAUUUCGAUCACUUGUGAGAGAUAAUAUUUUAUCCAUUCAAGGUGAAUUUCAACAAGUUCCUUCAAACCUAGAGCCCCCGCGAUUCCUCCAAGAUGCUUUCAAACAGCUCAGCGUUAUUCUCCAGACUUAUGAGUCUUCUUUGUCUGUGUCCGCAGAUCCUGGAAGUGAGGUUCAAAGUAUAUUGUCACAAGCGUUUGAACCAUAUAUGUCGGGCUGCGAAGAGAUCGCAAAGCCGAUGACGUACCCUGAGAGUGGGAUAUUUCUUGUCAAUUGCAAACUCACGGCAGCUCUUUGCCUAGAAACUUAUGAAUGCACGACCUUCAGAGCAAAUGAAAUUCGAGAGAGCAUAUCACAGGAUGUUGUUAACUUGGUUAAUGACCAACAUGCUGUAUUUUGCCAGAGAUCAGGCCUGGAUAUGCUUUUAAAUAGCCUAGAAGAUGCUGCACUUGCUUCAGUAGCACCAUCUUCUGUUAUUCAAGCUAGCCAGGAGUUGGACGACUUCCUCCCAUCCGCAUUGAUGGAUGCGAUGGAUAGGCUAAAGGGGCUCCAGGACUCAGGAAUUGCUCGUGAGACUAUAGAACAAGCUGCUGAAAGAUUCUGUAGCGACUUUGAGAGGUUGGAGGAGGCUGUUGCAAGUCAAUUCGGCGAUGAAACAGACAAUGAAGCGGCUGUGCGAUUUUCAAGAACAUCGGCUGAGAUCCGAGUUCUCUUGUCUUAA